UGCAUGCUAAAAAUAAUUGCAAUUAUAGGUUGCUCAGUUUGUGUAAGUUGAGUAACUAUUGACUAUAUUGAUUUUAUUUCAGAAUAAUCAUUAGCCAAAACCAUUUUAAAUUCAUUACACAUCUUCAAUUCAUAAUGCUUGCUUAAACCCUAAUUGACUGCUAUGUUUCACGAGAUAAUAUACUUUGCUAGCUUAGUUGGAGUGAAUUAAUCCAUUGGGUAGAUGCUAUCAAUUUGGCCUGCAUUAUUUAUUUACCCUCCUUGUGUACCACAUUAGAUUAUUAAGUGGGUGACGCAAAAUACAAAAUGCUGAAACAUUUGGUUAAGUUUAGAAAUAUUCUAUAUGGUGAAAAAGUUCACUGGGUGGGGUUAGGUAAAAUAAUUAAGGGGAUUAAUGUAAUUUCAUAACACUAUUUCUUGAUCUCUCUAUAUAAACAUCUUAGUUGAGACUAUUAUUAUUAUCAAAACCACAGAACAUAUACUUUAAAAAAAAAAACUAAUUAGAGAAUGGCACUGGAUGGUGUUUUAACUAGAGAUUUUGACGUUGAGUCUCCGGUGGACAAAUUCUUUAAAGCUUUCCUCGAGAUCUCGAAUCUGCCUGUUGAAGACAACGCGACGGCCGUGGUGACUAUGGACGAUGGGAAUUUGGAGGAGAGAAAGGUUAAGAUAAAAAUAAGCAGCGUUGAUAUCUCGAAGUGCUACAAGAAGCUAGAAGGAAUCAUCACCGUUACUCCUAAGAAUAAAGGUGGUAGCCACGUGAUAUGGACCGUCGAGUACGAGAAGACCCGUCCUGAGAUCGAAGACCCGCACUCCAUCAUCGACACUUCUAUCAAGUACUUUCAAGGAAUCGAUGCAAUUCUUGUUAAGGAGAGGGAUGAGAAAAUUGUUAAGGAGAUCUGGAGAUGUCCGAGGAACUUUUUAAAUUUAUUCGUAGAUCCAUAAUUAAGUCCAAUAAGGUCCUCAGAUGAUUCAGACACCAUACCCCAGGGUAAGACUUAUUUCUGGAUCUACGUAGUUUUAUAUAUCUAAGCUUACUGCAAUAGUUAUCAUUUAAUAAUCGAUGUCAUUUACGAUGUGUUUUUUUU